AUGACCUCAACGGAACGGGAAAUCGUGACCUGGACGACACAGACGCACUCCAACCCAAGCCAAUUGGAGAAACUACAAGCAUUCAACGAUGUUCAGAGAGGCAAGGUCAUGGCCAAUAACAUGGAAAUUAAUUGCAUGAUGAUGAUAUACAUACCGUGUCACGUGUCGACGCGCACAAAAAAAUUAUAUUACAAGCACAAGCGAUGGCGAAAUACAAUCACGUGCAAGAGAAAACAACAGCGUGGUAGUAAGAAGCUCGGCCAAAAAAAGGGAGAAGGAUCGAGUGAUGUGGAUCAAAGUGGUAAGGCUUAG